UGAAAAUGAUGCCCAAAAAAAAAUACUCGACCAAAAAUUUGAAAAAUUUAUAUGCACAGCAAAUACUCUUGACAUGGGCCAAAAAGUAACUGAGAAUUGCUAUGUAGGCAACGCUAAUAGUUCAUUGAUCCAUUGCAAGACACAGACAAAAAUGGACUUAGAAGAACGUAAUUUACUAGAACUAAAAAUUAAAAAUUUAGAAAAGGAAUGUUUAAUGUUGAAAAACGAACAGACUAAAUUAAAGAACAAUAUAGAUAUAUUGAACGCACGCUUGGAGACAUAUACAAUAUUAAAUGAGAGAUUACAAAUAAAAAAUUAUUGCUAUGAACAGAGGUUGAAAGAACUAGGGAAUGACAAAGAAACAAUUGAAAAUGAAGUAUAUGAACAAAAGCUGGAUCCAGCAGUACAGGAAAGCUUUUUACAGACUGUGAAAAAGAGCGGUCACCAUCGUUGAUAACAAAAGCAAAUAAAAAAAGAUUUAAUGAAGCUUCUGAUGAUGAUCUGACUUGUGACUCUGGCAUAGACGAUCGUGCUGCUCCAGGGGUCCGAUUAUUUAACCAAGAAUUCAAAAUCAUAUCACAAAAUCUCUUCAAAAAAGCAAAAAAUAAAAAUGUUGGU